AUGGCUAUCGCAAAGAACCUCCCAAUCCUUAAGAACCACUUCAGAAAGCACUGGCAGGAAAGAGUCAGAGUCCACUUGGACCAGGCCGGCAAGAAGGUGUCAAGAAGACAAGCCAGAGCUGCCAAGGCUGCCAAAUUGGCCCCAAAGCCAAUCGACUCUCUUAGACCAACUGUGAGAUGCCCAACCAUCAGAUACAACAGAAAAGUCAGAGCCGGAAAGGGAUUCUCUCUUGCUGAGUUGAAGGCCGUUGGAUUGACUCCUAAAUACGCCAGAACCAUUGGAAUUUCCGUUGACCACAGAAGAGUGAACAGAUCCACCGAGAUUUUCGAGACUAACGUCGCUAGACUCCAGAAAUACAAGGACUCCUUGAUCAUCUUUGACAAGAACACCAAGCCUUCUGGUGAGCAAGUUUCUAUCGGUGCCACCUUCCCUGUUGAGCAACCAGCUGCUGAGACCGAGCCAAGAGCUGUUGUUGUGCCUGAGCAGACCGCAUUCAGAACUCUGAGACUGGCCAGAUCCGAGAAGAAAUACAAGGGUAUCAAAGAGAAGAGAGCCAAGGACAAGGCUGAGGCUGAGGCUGAGAAGAAGAAAUAG